CGCUCUUUCGCUGCGAGCCCCGGCCGGUGUCGCCGCGCAUGGUACUGGCAGCAGCCAUGAGCCAGGACGCGGAUCCCAGCGGUCCGGAGCAACCCGACAGAGAUGCCUGCGUUGUGCCUAGUGUUCAGGGGGGCCCUGCGCCCCAGGGCCAGCGAGGGAUGCAGCCCCUGCCGCCACCGCCACCACCACCGCCACAGCCUCAAGCCAGCCUGCCUCAAAUCAUCCAAAAUGCUGCCAAGCUCCUGGACAAGGGCCCCUUCUCAGUCAGUAACCAGAACCCUCUGCUCCCUUCGCCAGCCAGCCUCCAGCUGGCCCAGCUGCAGGCCCAGCUCACCCUCCAUCGGCUGAAGCUGGCACAGACAGCUGUCACCAACAACACAGCGGCCGCCACGGUCCUGAAUCAAGUUCUCUCCAAAGUGGCCAUGUCCCAGCCUCUCUUCAACCAGCUGAGGCAUCCGUCUGUGCUCAGUACCCCACAUGGACCUACUGGGGUUUCCCAGCAUGCUGCCACCAUACCUAGUACCCGAUUUCCUUCCAAUACAGUUGCCUUUUCACCCCCUAAUCAGGCACGAGGUCCGGGACCUUCUGUAAACCUCCCCAGUCAGCCCCCCAAUGCUGUGGUGGUACACCCCUUCAGUGGGGUGAUGCCUCAGACCACUGCCCAGCCGGCAGUCAUCCUGGGCAUUGGAAAGGCUGGGACAACCCCAGCUACUGCGGGGUUCUAUGAGUACGGCAAAGCCAACCCGAGCCAGGCCUAUGGUUCUGAAACAGAGGGUCAGACUGGCUUCUUGCCAGCCUCGGCCUCGGCCACAGCAUCAGGUAGUGUGGCCUAUGAAGGGCACUACAGCCACGCAGGGCAGGAUGGCCAAGCUACCUUCUCUAAGGACUUCUAUGGACCCAAUGCCCAAGGGUCACAUGUAGCAUGUGGGUUUCCAGCUGAACAGGCUGGGGGCAUGAAAGGGGAGGUUGGUGGGCUGUUGCAAGGUACGAACAGUCAGUGGGAGAGCUCCCCUGGAUUCUCUGGCCCAAACAAGCCUGACAUUGCAGCAGGACCCAACAUGUGGCCCCCGCCUGCUAGCCAGCCCUAUGAGCUCUAUGAUCCUGAGGAGCCUACUUCAGACAGGACCCCUCCUGCCUUUGGAGUUCGGCUUAACAACAGCAAGCAGGGGUUCAGCUGUUCCCGGCGGAGGGCCAAGGAGGAGCAGACGGUGCUGUCCGUGAGACCUCUGCAGGCUCAGGAGCUGAAUGACUUCCACGGCGUGGCUCCGCUCCACCUGCCACACAUCUGCAGCAUCUGUGACAAGAAGGUGUUCGACUUGAAGGACUGGGAGCUGCAUGUCAAAGGGAGGCUGCACGCCCAGAAAUGCCUGCUCUUCUCUGAAAGUGCUGGCCUCCGGUGUAUUCUUGCAUCAGCAGAGGGGACUCUGUGCUCCUCCCCAAACAGCACAGCUGCUUAUAACCCCACUGGAAAUGAGGAUUAUGCCUCAAAUCUUGGAACACCGUAUGCAGCCAUUCCAAGGGUCUUUGCUCAGUCAAACCCCACCUUUCCUUCGGCUCCCUCAGGGACAAAUUUUGCACAGAGGACCGGCGCUGGACGAGUGGUGCACAUCUGCAAUCUCCCGGAGGGCAGCUGCACUGAGAAUGACGUCAUCAACCUGGGACUGCCCUUUGGCAAAGUCACUAAUUACAUCCUCAUGAAGUCGACGAAUCAGGCUUUUUUAGAGAUGGCUUACACAGAAGCUGCCCAGGCUAUGGUCCAGUACUACCAAGAAAAGUCUGCUAUGAUCAAUGGAGAGAAGUUACUCAUUCGGAUGUCCAAGAGAUACAAGGAGCUGCAGUUGAAGAAACCUGGGAAAAAUGUGGCUGCUAUCAUCCAGGACAUCCAUUCCCAGAGGGAGAGGGACAUGUUCCGAGAAGCUGACAGAUACGGUACAGAGCGGCCAAGGUCCCGAAGUCCGGUGAGCCGAUCACUCUCCCCGAGAUCGCACACACCAAGCUUCACCUCUUGCAGCUCUUCCCACAGUCCGCCAGUCCCCUCUCGGACUGACUGGGGCAAUGGCCGAGACUCCUGGGAGCACUCCCCCUAUGCAAGGAGGGAAGAUGACCGAGAGUCUGUUCCCUGGAGGGAGAACGGGGAAGACAAGAGGGACCGGACAGAUGUUUGGACACAUGACCGAAAACACUACCCCAGGCAGAUGGACAAAGCUGAACUGGAUGAGCGACUUGAAGGAGGGAGGGGCCACCGGGAAAAGUACCUAAGGUCAGGGUCCCCCAGCCCGCUCCAUUCUUUGUCCAGCUACAAAGGUCGGGACGAUGGCUACUAUCGAAAGGAACCCAAAGCCAAGUUGGACAAACACCCAAAGCAGCAGCAGGAAGUACCAGGAAGGUCCAGGAGGAAAGAAGAGGCCAGACUACGGGAAACUAGACCCCCUCACCCAGAGGACUCGGGCAAGGGGGAUGAACUGGAACCCAAGGUCACUAGGGCCCCUGUGGGUGCCAAGUCCAAGCAGAGUGAGAAAAGCAGAGCCAAGAGACCUGACAGAGACCAAGAAGGAGCUGAUGACAGAAGAGAAAGCAGAACGGCAGAGAAUGAGACUGGUACUGAGGAACAAGAAGGCACGGAAGCAAGCCCUCUACCAGCGGGCAGACAGCAGGAAGGGACGGAGUCCUCUGAGCCAGAAAACACGAAGACAAGGAAGGAACAAGACUGGGAGAGUGGCAGCGAGGCCGAGGGGGACAGCUGGUACCCCACAAACAUGGAGGAGCUGGUCACGGUGGAUGAAGUGGGGGAAGAAGAUUUCAUCAUGGAGCCGGACAUCCCAGAGCUGGAAGAAAUUAUGCCCAUUACCCAGAAAGACAAAACCCUCCCUGAGAUAUGUCCCUGCGUGACAGGCACCUUGGGUUUGGACUUGGCCAAGGAUUUCACCAAGACGGGGGAGACCAUAGGGAACGGGGAUGCAGAAAGCAGCUUCACACUGCCCAGACAACUGCUGUCUACAUCCACAAGCUGUCCCAAUGACACGGACAUGGAGAUGCCUGGCCUAAAUCUGGACGCUGAGCGGAAGCCAGCUGAAUGCACGACAGGCCUCUCACUGGAGGGCUCAGAUUGCUACGAGGAGGCAAGAGGAGCAGAGGACUCAGAUGUACGUCUGGCCCCUGCAACCCAGCAAAUGUCUUCCCCCCAGCCAGCAGAGGACAGGACCCGGCAGUCCAGCCCUUUUCUCGAUGACUGCAAGGCCAGGGGAUCCCCUGAAGAUGGGGCUCACGAAGUCAGUCCCCUGGAAGAGAAAGCCAGCCCCCCUACUGAAAGCGACCUCCAAGGCCAGGCUUGCCAAGGCGCAUUGACUGAGGAAAACUCCAGGUACCUGGAAGUGAAAUCUCCGGAUGUGAGGUCACCAGAACUCACCGAAGUGGAGCUGAAAGAGCCCCUUUCUUUGCCUUCCUGGGAACCGGAGGAUGUGUUCAGCGAGCUUAGCAUUCCUCUAGGAGUGGAGUUCGUGGUUCCCAGGACUGGCUUUUAUUGCAAGCUGUGCGGCCUGUUCUACACGAGUGAGGAGGCCGCCAAAGUGAGCCACUGUCGCAGUGCUGUCCACUACCGGAACUUGCAGAAGUACUUGUCGCAGCUGGCCGAGGAGGGCCUGAAGGAGAUGGAGGGGGCAGGCAGUCCAAGCCCUGAGGAGAGCGGGAUUGUGCCACACUUCGAGAAGAAGAAGCUCUGAUAUUGCCGCGGCCACUGUCUCUGGAAGGAGAAUGGGAAGCCCGCUGAACUAGGGCCAGUGUGGCCUCGGGGACAGGACUGAGAACAGAGAAGAAGGAGAGCCAGGCAGGACACGGUGCUUCAGCUUGUUCCCAGAGACGAGUCCAGCCCACUGAGGGUCACCAGCUUCCUGGGGGCUGUUUUUUAGUUUGUUUUUCUCUCUUCUUCUUACCUAUCCCUUCUGUGCCAAAGUCUAUUUCCUUUACAUAAACUCCAACCUCUCAGGGAUUGUCACUGGGUUUCAAUUUUUGACUGGUUCUGGCAGAUCAGUCAUGUGGGGCUGGGCCACGCAAGGAAAAAGUCUAACAGUUGCCCUGGAUUUAGAGUCUUCGGUGAACCCGAGGUGGUCUUGCAGUCUGGGUCCUGUGUGUCCCAAGGGGGCUGAGUCAGGUUCCUCUCAAGAGGGGUCUCCAAUGAAUCUUGAGAGGGGUCACCAAUGAAUCAGUUGGCAGAGGUAAAGCAGUUUCAUUACAAUUUCCUUCAGUUGGAUCCCACCAUUUUGAAAAGGCUCCUUUUCUUUUUCAGUUUCUGGCUGGUGCUCUGGCUGGUGCUCUGGCUGGUGCUGGGAAUUGAACCCAGGACCUUCUAUAUUCUAAACAGGUGCUCUCCCACUAAGCUUUCUGCCCCCAAAGCCCUGGGCUUUUGUUUUGAGGCUGAUUCUCAUGUAGUUCAGGCCUUGCCGUGAAGGGUAAUCUUGAACUCCUGAUCCUCCAGCCUCUACCUCUUGGGUACUGUGGCUGUAGGCAUUGUGGUACUGGAAUCAGACCCAGGGCUUCCAGCAAAGAGGCAGAUACUCCACCAUCUGAGCUGCGUGCUCAGCCCUAACGCACCCAUUUUCAGAAAGCCAUUCAUCCUCAGUUAUUCUAGAAAACCACCAGGCUAAUGCCUUAAAGUAAAACUAUAUUAAUUUUAUGGCGCAAAGAACUCAACAUUGUCGAAGCUCUGGGAGGACCAAUCCAAACGUCUUAGUUUAAGUAUGGGUCUGGGUUUGUUCUGUUCAGGAUGGUGAUGUUGGUCUAGAUUCACUUUAUCUAAAUUUGAGGUCAGCCAUGGCUUCUCCCUAUAGCUAGAGGAGGAAAUUGGUGUGGGCCAGGGUGCAUGCUGGGCUCUGCUGCGAAUCAGCCUAAGUCAGCAUCAAGGGACUGGCAUCUGACCUUGAUUCACCCUUGGUGCCUCUACUCUUGAGUACCCUGUAUUCGAAUGAUUUGAAAAUGAUCCCCCAUUGAAGGAGAAACUAAAACACUUGGUUUUCUGGGGACCUUUGGGUGAGGAUGGAGGCCUCGCUUAUGCUGAUUUGGACGUUGAAAUGCUAGGAAGAACAGAUUCCUGAUUCCCGAUGGGGUCAGCACUCCCUUCCCAUGUGGGCGGAAGGGUCUUAGUGGACACGGGUACUAGAAGACAUGAGCUCCAUUUGAGCCAUAGAAUGGACCUGAGGUCAGAGAGAGCCUGGUGCUGUCUCCACGAGUAGACAUGCCUACCUGAAGGUGUCCUCCGUGUGGAUGGUUUGCCUGUGUGAGUUGCCAGCUUGUGUUCCCAGGUAAAGGCAAACAGACUGGACAGGGAUCAUAUCUUCCCCCCCCCCCACCCCAUAUUGCCAUUCUAUGGAAGAGCAGUGGAGAAGUGAUCUAGCUCAACACCAACAUUUUAUCAGGGAGGAAACUGAGGCACAGAAAGGAAAUGAACGCAGACACUAUGAUGACCACGUGUAAACGUUGGGGCCUGUGGUUCUGGCCAGGAGAGAACUUGUGGAACCUUAGAAAGAGAGGGAAGAGACAGGCCAGUCUGGAAAGGAGUGAUGGGAAGUUGGGACUUCAGGAAGGUGGUAUCCAAAGAGUUAAGACUCAAUAGUGUGUCUCAGUCCCCAUCGUUCCCCUGGUGGGCUCCACAGGUGGCACCCCAGCAUUGUAGUCAUCAGCAAAGUCUCCCCCAUUUCUCAGAAAACCUUUGACUUCUGGGAAUAGCUAUUGGCCACAUCCCUAAAUCCAUUAGCAGCUCCACCAGAGGCUGGACCUGUAUUUUAGCAGAAGCUAGACCUGUACAUUAGCAGACGCUGGACACUUUUUCUUUCAGCAGAGUGAGACAGACCUCACCGGCACCACUGGCUCCUAUGUUGACAGCAUUUCUAUGGGAAUUCACAUGGCCCAGUUCUCAGGCGGGGAGACGGCUCCCUCGAUUGUAAGUUGACCUUCUUCAGAGCACUCUAGAGAAGGUCCUCCAAAGGGAGAAAGACAAGGCAGUCUCUACUUUCAGUUACCACCUUCAGUUUAAAGUCACGGAUGAUUCUAUACUUGUGUGUGUGUGUAUAUACAUAUAUAUAUAUUUAUUUUUAUAUAACUCCAUCGGCAUGGUCCUGGCACUUUUUAUUCCUCUGUGUGUGACAUGCAGUGCAGUAGUAAAGACAACCAGGAAAAUACUGAUUUCUUUUUUUAAAAAUUUCUGUUCAGUGUUUCGCCAAUCAUUUUAAAAUGUCUCUCCCCACGGUCGUUCAUGAACAGUUGCUGCCUUACACAAAAGAUUCGUUUGCAUCCUGAGUGGAUGUAUGGAAGGCCCACGUUCUCUUAUGGUCAUGGUGAGCACCUGGUGGUUUCCAGGCUGGACUCUCAGGGGCUUGGGUGAACUUGUUAGUAGAAGCUGUGGCCAUUGGUGUUCAGGUUUCCCAUUCUUGGACAGUCUGAGGGGGUGAUCUGUAAGAUUAUACUUGAACUGGACCAGAGAUUAUUUUGUGAGUAUUUGAGAGAAACAGAACUAUUAAUUACUUUAAGUUUGAACCCAUAAAAUAAAAAUAUUAGAAUUUU